AGGAAAUCUCCAUUUUGUAAUAAACAUACAAAUAACUCUCAGACUGCCCAACUUUUGUGAAAGAUGUGAAAAUCGCUUGUCCAAUACGAUAUACACGGCCUCUUUGUUUUCAUUUUCUCAAAAGGAGACUAUGUUUAUCUGUGUCAACUGGAGUUGCUUAAAAGUUCCUUUCGAAAGCAAGCCAUUUAGUGUUCACCCUUUUGCAAAACCUGCGAACUUUUGUCGAUGUCUCUGUAGAAACCAACCGAAACACGUUCUUCAAGUUUUAAUGCAGAGUUCAGAAAGCGACAGUCAAUCUUCCUUCAGAGUUGCAGUCACGAAACCUCAACGGAGAAGACCAGAAAAAGAAAUGAGGAGCGAGCAAAUGCAGCCUACUAUGGAUCCUUCGGGAAACUGGAAGCCCAAUCCUGUGCUUGUAGUUGCUGCUACUAUAGCUUUAGCAGCAGCUGGAGGAUAUUUAGGAUUGAAGAAGCUAUUGAAGAGACGUGAUAGUCUUAUUGAAAGAUGUGGGAUGGAAAUGGUACGUUAUGGUUCUACAGAGUUGGAGCUUGUGGAUAUUGCAGAGGAAUACAAGAGCAAGUGGGAAUUGAUAUUUAGUAGAGUUGAUUUGUAUGAAAAUUUUCUGGUGACACUAUUGAAAGAACGAGCUUUAUCUUUCCAACUGAUAGAAGAUUCUUAUACAGUUUACAAGACGCUAGGUUUGUCACAUAAGCAACUAUUGAUGGCAUAUAAUCGAGCAGCAAAACGUCUUCGAGAAAGACCUUCAGCACUUGAUAAGCUUUUGUUUGUCUCGGAACGUCUUUUACCCGAACAAUUUCAGUCCAAACUUGAAAUAAUGCAACUGUUUCCCUAUCCGAAAGAGACAGUUCGUGACCUUCAGCGCAGCCUAGCCGAAACUUGUUUUUUGCAGUUGUUAAAGAGUGAAGGUCGGGACAAGGAUUUUUCUCCAAUAGAGAAGGCUAGGUUUUUGGGUCUUUCCGAAGAACAAGCACAGUCUCUGUAUGAUCAGUAUUUACUGGAAGAAGUACAACGAAGAGACUAUGAAAGAGCAACUUCAGAGAAAAAGGCGAGUGUCGAAGAGACCUCAACGUCAACAUUUAGUGAACAGUCAGUGUCAUGUUCGAAGCCUUCUGCAAGUGUUGCACAUGCGUAUCAGUGUCAGAAUUGUGGAUACACAAUAUUUCCGGCAGCAGGUCGAGAGUUUAAGUUCUUUGGCGAUUCCUUUGUCUGUCCGCAGUGCAAGUCACCCAAAAGUCAGUUCGUAGACAUUUCGAACGAAGAUGAGGAUGAGUGAACUAAAAAAUAAAAAUCGAUACUUUACGCUCCAAAAGAGCUUAAUGAGAAUCUCAAGUGGAAU